CACCCCCCCCUAUAAGAAAUUUCCGACCAUGUUGUCCACUAUUCCGGCCACUAUUCUGUCCUCCGACGGACUUUUUCCGAACACCCUUCCUUCUUUUUCCGAUGAUUUCACUUCAUGGGAUUAUUUUGAACCGGCUUUUACCUCCUUUGAACAAGGGGUAGAAUCGGUAUUUUUAGCCAUGCAAUCCCCAGCCCCUGAACCUGUAACUCCACAUGACUCCGGUUCAGGCUCUGACAAAUCUAAACCCGAUUCUCCUAAUUCUAGCUUCGGUUCUGACGAACCGAACCUGAAUAACAAUGAUUGCCUGAAUGCCGGCUCUGAUGACUUGACUAUAAACGAGAGAAAGCGAAAGCGUAUGAUUUCGAACCGCGACUCAGCCAGGCGGUCCCGCAUGCGGAAGCAAAAACACUUGGAGAACAUGAGGAGCCAAGCGAACCAGCUUAAAGUCGAAAACCGGGAUUUAUCGAACCGGGUUCACUUAGUAACCGGCCAUUGCCAACUUGUUCAGAGAAACAACGAGAUGCUAAGAACCGAAUCGAUUUUACUCCAACAGAGACUCGAGAAUAUACGUCAAAUUUUACUAGCACGGCAACUUCAGCAACAAUUGUACAAUUCCUCUGCAUGGCCAUGCAAUAUGAAUUACGUGGAACAAAGACCACAAAUGAUCUUUAAUCAACCUAUAAUAAAUCAUCAUUAAAAUUAAACAUGCUUGCUUCUCGUAAGCACUAUAUAUUAAACAUGGAUGUUCCAAAAGAGAUUUCUCUCUCUCUCUCUCUCUCUCUCUCUCUCGUUCUUGUAAAUUAAAAGAUGUUAAUAGAAUAAAAUCGUCUCUAGACUAUAGGAGUUUUGAGGUUGUGGGAAACCAAAUGGCGGUUUUAUUUUUUAAGCAAAAACCAGAGUCAUUAUGGUGUGUACUAAAAGUCAAAGAGACGACAUAUUGUUUGGCUUAUUCUAUAU